AUGCCCGGCGCAAGCGUUGCGGUCCUUCCCACGUCCGCUUCAUCAACACCGGCCUCCCGCAAGGCCUCACUCGCCCCGGAACGCAAGUACAAGUGCCAGUUCUGCAACAGAGCCUUCAGCAGAAGUGAGCACCGCAGCAGGCAUGAGCGCUCUCAUACCAAGGAGCGCCCUUUCAAGUGCAUGAAAUGCCGGAGCACGUUUGUCCGACGCGAUCUUCUACUUCGGCACGAUCGAACUGUACAUGCCAAAGAUGGCGGCAUCCCUUUGCACAGCGACGGCAAGCGACGUUCUGGUCCCAAGACGAGAGCCAUCGGCGGACCUGCCAAGACGCCUAUGCUCGACCAGUCUGCGAUAGAUCAGCUCGAGGCCGCCUCCCACGAUGGCACUAUUGACGUUGAGACUGCCGCCAUGCUUGUCGCCGAUUUCCAGCACAAGGCUGCCGCAGGAGCCCGUUCCGCAGGUAGCCACUACGAAGGAAGUCCCUCGGUGCCCUACUCGCCGCACGCCAUGGAGUCUACUGUCACGUAUCCCAAUGGCGCCUUCCCGGUGCCCCAGUGGGAGAGCUUCAUGUCUCAGUCAUCAGAACCCAAGGCACACUCCAUCGCCUCCUCGGCCUCUGGCUCGUUCGAGUCGCAGCAGUCGUUCAACAGCGGAAGCACCGUGCAGCCUCAUCACAAAGUUCAGCUUCCCCCUAUCAACGGCCAGACUUGCAACGGCCUUGUUCCUGCUCUUCAGUCCAUGAUCAACAGCCUUCCUAAUUCUGCUGCCGGAACUCCCACACCACUGAGCCCUUACGUCAACGAGGCUAGUUUAUCGUCUGCCGGCUUCCGUGCGCCUCAGGUCGCUAGCGACGAUGAGCGUAACCAGAUCUUGGACAACAUUCGGGCCAAUGAUGCCGAGCAUGCUAUUCCUGAGGGCUUCCGCGUGCCCAACUUGACGUCUCUCAACCGUUUUUUGUCAACGUACUUUGGCUUGUUUCACCACCACCUGCCAUUCCUGCACCCUGCUUCUUUUGAUUCAACUAGGGUCUCUCCAGCUCUGCUUCUAGCCGUGCUGAGUAUUGGUGCGCUCUACGCUUUCGAUCAAGACCAGGCUUACAUGCUCCACAUUGGCUCCAAGGUCCUCGUCAACCAGUUCCUCCUUAACAAGGAGAACUUCAGCUCACGCAAGUGCCCUCUGUGGACAAUGCAGGGCUCUUUGCUCAACAUGAUCUUUGCCAGCUGGAGUGGUGAUCCCAAGGGUCUCGAGUGGGCUUGCUCUAUCAAGAGCUUGCUCGCGAAUAUGGUUGCUGGAAACCGGUACGAACUCAAGCUACGCCAGGAAGCUCGCGGAGGUGCACAGCCGGCUCGCGCCGAGUGGGUGGAAGAUGAGGGCUGUCGCCGCACUUACUACGCCGUGUACAUCUUCUUCGGGCUGCUAACGCUGACUUACAAUCACACCCCUGCCAUCAGCUUCAAUGAAUUUGAAGACCUUCAACUUCCGUCUUCGGAAGCACUCUGGAACCUCAAGGUUACGGAUGAGGCCGCUUGGCAGGAGCAGUUGAAGUCGUCGCCCAUGGCAACCUUCAUGGAAGCGCAUGACAAUCUGUUCCAGGGAGAAACACUCAGGUACAGCGCGUUUGCGUCGAGGGUCAUGAUAAAUGCCCUGUUCCUUGAAGUGUGGUACCAUAAGCGCAGUCCUGAGGCUCUUCAGGAUGUUGUGACUGAGUACAAGCUCAGACUCGCUCUCGAGACAUGGGAGAAAUCCCUCGAGCUCUGUGAGCCCGAGAAUGUUGCGGUUCCAUUGAGCGCCCCUCACAAGGGACACCCUCUCAUCUUCAAUGCCAAGGCUCUUUACAGGAACGCCCGGGCUCGGUUGGAGGUCGACUUGAAGUCCGUGCAGGAGGCAUUGCGAUACCACGACUCGUACGAAGUCGCGGCUGCCAUGACAAACGCACGCGACCGCGUCAAGCGCUCUAGCGAGAUGAUCAAGGUAAUCCAAGAAUGCUACAAUUGCAUUGAGAUUGCUGUUGUGCAAGGUGUGCGCUGGGUUGCGCGUACUUCGCCAACGAACUGGAGCGUAGAGCACGCCUUGUGUGGUCUUGACCUGAUGAUUGUCCUCUCCCUCUGGCUAUACCGUCUGGAACAUGACGAGGAGCCGGCCACCGAGGAAGAAUUAGUCAUGUACAACAAGGUCCGCCAGCUCUUCGAAAAGGACAUCGACGAAGCGUACGCUUCCCAGAUUAGCUCGGUUGUUGCUCGGCUUUGGGGAAGCAUGCUUGACGAGGUCGUCGUUUGGGGAAUCACCAGAUUGAUGGGCGAGUCUUUUCGCCUCCACGCGCAAGCGCUCGUGGGCUAUGUCGACGACAUGGAAGCAUCCUCCAGCGUUUCUACGCCUUCGAUGACAUCGCAGGGGGCGGACGAGGACAGCGUGUACUAG